AUGCACAACCAAGGAGGGAUAGGAGGAUCGUCAAGCAUGGACCAGGAAGCCCACCUCGCUCACCAUGAGCAAACCUAUGGCCACGACCAAUGGAACGACAUGAGCCCUUACAUCCAGACGACAAUGUCGGAGUACGGCGGCGGAUUUGGCUACAUGGCUCCCAUCUCACACGGAUUGCCCUCCGAGCAUUUAGGCCGGAUGCCGCCAUCGGCAACACCUCCGCAGCAGCCCUUACCUCAGCAGCAUUCACAACCGGCACACCAUCCAACGCUGCCAAUGCUGAUGGUGCCGUCACAUCCGACGUGGCCGAGUAUGCUCACGAACCCGAACGGGUACAACACGUCUCCUCCCGUAGCAAUACCGCCUGCCUCGGCGCCGAUCCAGUCGUUGAAGACCACGAGGCCGGUAGCGCCGCCGAUUGCGUCGCAGCCCAGGAAGACGCUGACGGACGAUGACCGCCGCCGCAUGUGCCAGUAUCAUAUUGACAACCCUUCGAUGAAGCAGACGGAAAUCGGCGCGUUAUUCGGCGUGGAGCGAAGCACGGUGUCCAAAGUCCUAAGUCGCAAGGACAAGUGGCUCAAUCCAGAGGACCGCAGUAGUUCGCCAAUCAAGAAAAGCAAGGGCAAGAUUCCUGACAUCGACAAGACGCUGGCCAAUUGGCUUCGCAAUGAGCAGCACAAAGGUCGCCGUGUGUCAGAUGCCGAGAUACAGGAGCAAGCCCGGAUGUACGCUCGUCCAUUUAGGGAGGCGGAGACGAAGAUCAACAAUCCCUCGUGGCUCGAGAAGUUCAAGCAGAAGCACGGCAUGGGAGGACGACUUGUCAGGAGAGCGUCCGAGACGAAUAUCCCCAGUGCCGUGGGAAAGCUGUCAACCACGUCUCCGACAUUGGCGAAUUCGCAGCCCAGCAGCUCGAUUUCCUCGGCUUCUCCCGUAGCAAACCACUCUGUGUCGCCCUUUUCAGCCGGGCCUCGCGGAGCGGUGGAAGACGAAAAGGAGAGUGGCAGCGGCGGAAUGAUGAUGGACUUUUCUGGGCCGUCUUCGAGCACAACUGGGCCGACGUUCAAGUACCCCUCGACGAACCAGAGCACGACAUCCUUGAGCAGCGGCGGAUUUGCAUCAGACACUGCUGGCUCGUCGUUUUCUGAAAGUACUAUGAGCCCUACGGGUACGGGACAAUUCACGUUUUCUCCGGAUCCCAACAUGGGAGGGUUUCUGUCGACGGAUCACUCCCAGGCAAGACACAUACCCCCUGGGGGGCCCAACUUCCAGAGGCCACGGAGCCAGACAUUUCCAACACUUGACUUGGAGUACAUGAACGAGACAUCGAGCAACGAGCACAACGACCCGAUAACACCCAAGUUCCCCCAAGGCCAACAAGGAGUCCCGUCGACCGCGCCCUCCUCCGCAAUCGAGUCCCCAGCCCACGAGUUCGCCUCAGCCGGGCCGUUUGGAAUCGACAAUACGAUGGCCUCGCCUCACCACCAAGGCCACCACGCACUACGGCACAGCAGCAGCGCCAGCAGCCUGCAAGGGCGACAGCAACAAGGCGCCGGCGGAACCACGCCUAUCAUUGGAAGCGCGGCAAUGUCCUCGGUUGCCUCAUCUCCGGUUUCGCCCACACAAGAGGACGCAAGGCGAGCUGCGGACACUCUACUGUCUUUCAUCGCGAACAGUGGGCCAAACGCUUUUGUGGACCAGAGCGACUACAACGCCGUGAUUCGGCUGACGGAGAAGCUGCGGUUGCACCAGCAGGCGCAACAGGCUGCUGCGAGAGGCCAGCAGGGCAUGGGCAGCAUGCAGAUGGGAGGGAUUCCCAUGGGGCUGGGAAUGGGUGGUCUGGAUCGAAUCCCCGAGGGUGACGCCGAAAUGGGAAACACCGGGCAACACAUGGAGGACGGGGGCAUGGUCAAGCACGAGGGGACCAUGGUAUGA